AUGGAAGGAGAGAAAGAGCAGAAGACAAUGAGAUAUGCUAAUCAGAUAUCAAAUGCCAGCACUGCUUUACGUUAUGCCUUUGCAUUUGCGUUAAAGAACAUGGAAAGUGGGGUGCACCAGACAAGAUUCAAGCAAUGUCCGACAACUGUCGGGAAUACUGGCCGCAUUAAAGGUGCUUGCGUUUUAUUAGAGCAAUUGAUGGAGAAAAAAUUAUUGUAUCUUCCAUGUCGCUACCACAUUUUGGAGGUAGUGUUGAGAUCCGUUUUUGAUGCUGUGAUGGGAAGACUACAGGCCCUCAAUCGGAUAUUUUCAAAAAAUUUAAAACUGAAUGGAACAACAUUGAUAAAAAAAUUUAAAUCUGAAGUUAAAGAUAAGAGUGUAGCCAACAAAUUGAUUAAUCCGGGUCAAAUUUCAAGUUAUCUUCUAGAACAAUUAACAGUUCAUCAUUCAAGGAGCGAUUACAAAAAAUUGAUUAAUCUUUGUCUUAUAUUUUUAGAACGCUUUCAAUCAGAAAACAUCGUGUUUGCGGCUCCUGGUGCUUUUCAUCAUGCAAGGUGGAUGGCAAAAGCGAUAUAUUCGUUGAAAAUAAACCUUUUCAGAGAACAGUUUCAACUGACAAUUUUUGAAAAGCAAGGAUUCCAUGAUAUUUGCCUAUUUAUUAUAAAUAUUUAUGUGAAAGUGUGGUUGGAUGCCCCGAAACCUGCACUUGCUCCAAACCAAGAUUUACAAUUGUUAAAAUCUUUGGUAAAUUACAAUAAAGUCAAUAAAUUUAUCUCAGAUAUAUCAGUUUCAAAAUUUAUCAACCACAUAUAG